UGGAAAUUGAGGUUAGAAUCUGAGGUCGCCUCGGAUCCGCGGCGCACCGUAACCUCGCGGACGCGAGAUAUAUCUUGGCGGGCGAGACUCGGAUCAUUCGCUCGGAGAUGACGUGCUAGGGGGGGACAUGUCGGCCAACAUGCUCUCGCGGAUCAUCCGGAGCGUCCUCGCGCCGAGCGUCACCGCUUUGUCGAGGCAGCCGCUGCGCGAGGUCGUUGCGGCCAGCCGGCCGUCGAGUCGCGCUAUCCACACCGGCCAGGAACGCAGCGAGAAGAAAAGCGGCAAGCCGUCGGCCCUUGUGCUCCACGCCUUCGCGAAUGUCGAGCGCAAGGAGAGGAUGGCCUACCUGGACAUCCUGCGCCAGUACAAGAACAACAACGAAAUGAGACGCGGCCACGUGGAGUUCAUCCAGGUCGCUCUCAAGUACAUGGACGAGUUCGGCGUGAACCGGGACCUGGCGGUGUACAAGUCCCUGCUGGACGUGCUGCCCAAGGGCAAGUUUAUCCCCCGCAACUACAUGCAGUCGAUACUCAUGCACUACCCCAAGCAGCAGUACGUCGCCGUCGAGCUGCUCGUCAAGAUGGAGCGCAACUGCGUGAUGCCGGACGCGGAGGUCCAGGAGAUGCUGCUCAACAUCUUCGGCCUGCACGGCCUGCCGUUGAAGAAGUUCUGGCGGAUGAUGUACUGGAUGCCCAAGUUCGCCAACCUGAAUCCCUGGCCCUGCCCCAGACCGGCGCCCAAGGACCCGCGGGUGGUCGCCAGGCUGGCGAUGAGCAAGAUAUCCAGCGUAGACGUGCAGACCAGAAUCACGGAUUUUGAUACCAAGGACGUGGAGGACGCCAUCGACGACACGUGGAUCGUGUCCGCAAUGAGCAGCCUGCAGGAGGAGCUGCUGCGAAAGCAGCCUCUCAACACUCCGAUUUUCGUCGAAGGACCGUAUACAGUUUGGGUCGCGGAUCUCUGCAUAGAUUACUUCGUCCUGAGGGCAGCGGCCAAGGAAGUGAAGAGCGUUUACGAAAAUGUUGACGAUGUCUCAGACAUUAAAAUACCUUUCUGGGAUAAGAAAGAGAUGAUUGUCGCACCUACGGUCCAUGAACAGAACGAUGGCACGUACUUUGCGAUGUGCGCCACCGGCACGUCCACGAAGGACUCCCUGCUGUCCUGGAUACGAUGUUUGCAGCAGAAGAAUCCCAUUCUGACUGUAAUUCCGGUAGUGUUCAAAUUAAUGUCGUCCACGAGGGAACACUUUUACAUUGACGACAGUGAAAACGAAAUAGUGCAAGUAAAAGAUUAGCGGAAAGGUAUUGUUAAAUUAUUAACUAUAGGCGAUGCACAAUGCCACUGAUGUAAUGAACCGACUCGCUGUCUGUAAACGGCUCUUGUUUGUAUAUAAAAAUAUAAUGGUUGACACAUUAC